AUGAUUUUCGAAUGGAUACCCACCAAGAGUGCCACCCAGCAUAUUUUUUUAAAAGCACUGCGAAAAGAUGGUGCUCUGUUCUGUGCAGCAGAAUAUACUAGAGUAGAGAGAAGCUGCACUCAUCCUCACAUAAAUAAAUAAUCCAGGCUAGAAAGUUGACUUUUAUCUGAUCUGUCCACAUAAUCUUUUGAAUAGCUGUUGUGCCUGUGUUUCAGGCAUUUCACAUAGCGGAUUAGUCUCAAAAACUGCCUUGGGUCGGCUUUGGGGUGAGUUCGUUUGACAGUUCGCUGCUCGCGCUCACAGCAAAUGCGCGUUUCGAUGGCUUGUAGUGUGUGUGAAGAGAUGCCACUAGUGUAACGCGGAAGUUCGUUAGUUUACAGUUGUUGUGCAUUUUGUGUACAGUAGACCUUCCACCAAAUUCUGUGUUCAAGUUCAAGUUCUUUUUUUUUUCUGGGCAUUGUAAGUGUUGAAACAUAUUAGGACAACAAACUACAAACACGCUCCUCACCCGGCUCAUGUUUUACCGGAACCGGAACGGCAUACCCCCACAAUUUAUUUUGCCUGGACACCGUACCGGACCGCCUUACUUUCACCUUGGCUUUCAGGCAGCAAGAGCGCGCAGCGUAAAGUAUAAAUACUGAAGCACCAUGGCAACAAAAAGGCAGGUCCUCAGAGCUGUUGUACUUUGUCUGGUGCUUAUUGCUGCUGUCAAACUUCUGCUUUGGGAUUCCAGAACUGAAAGGAAUCAGAAGUUGGCCAACAUGGAUGCUGGCUCAUUUUGGCAAAAGGGACCAAAGGUGAAGGAGGCUGUUACUGUGCACAAGUCAGAGGUUAUAAACUCUUUUUUGAACCGGGCCCAGAAACCAGAGGUUCCAGACCCUCCAGUAGAAAAGGAUUCCCCACCACAGAAUCCAGAGGGGGCGGACAUAGGGAAAAUAGUAGCACCUCUGGAAACCAGCAAAGGCCCUGCAAGAAUAGUACACCUGGAUCUGAAAGGUGCUGCACCCAAAGUCAAAUACAUGAAGCAGAUCUUCCCUCUCUUCUCCUCUCUGGGUGCUGAUGGUGUUCUGAUAGAGUACGAGGACAUGUUUCCCUAUCAUGGAAACCUGACGAUUCUCAGGUCACCGUAUGCCUACAGUAUGGAAGAUAUCGAGGAGAUAAAGAGACUAGCCAAACUCAACAAGCUGGAGCUGAUUCCUUUAGUGCAAGUGUUUGGACACCUCGAGUUUGUGUUGAAGCAUGAGAGGUAUUUCCACCUGAGGGAGGUGAGGGCCUACCCUAACAGUCUGAACCCCCACCAUCCUGGCUCUGUGGCUCUGGUCAAGGACAUGGUCUCCCAGGUCAUGGACUGUCAUCCUGACGCACGCUGGUUCCACAUGGGGGCUGAUGAGGUGAGGGGUCUGGGAGAGAGCCAGGACUCUAAAAACUGGUUACAUAGCAACAAGGGGGAUGUUGGGAAAAUGUUCCUGAACCAUGCAGUGUCAUUGGCCCGUUUCAUCACAGAGAGGAGGUCAGGGGUCAGAGUGAUUCUGUGGGACGACAUGUUGAGGAAGAUCAGCCCUGCCACUAUCAAAGAGUCAGGCCUGCAUGAUCUUGCUUCCCCAACAAUAUGGAACUAUUUGAAGAAAAUGGAUACAGAUGGUAUAGGAACAUUGAUAUCUAGAUACCAUGAGGCCGGUUUCAAGGGUGUAUGGUUCGCCAGUGCAUUCAAAGGGGGCACAGGUAUUGACCAGCGAUGGACCCCUCUUGACUAUCACCUACAGAACCAUCUGUCCUGGAUAAAGGUCAUGAACUCUAUGACCAAAUACCCCUCCAUAACCCUCCAUGGCAUCCUGCUAACUGGAUGGCAAAGGUUUGAGCACCAUACGGUGUUGUGUGAACUCCUCCCAGUUGGCAUUCCCUCCCUGGCUAUGUGUCUACAGAGCUUAAAGCAUGGUGCAUUUGACGAAAAGGCAAAGAUGGAGGCUCACCACAUACUGGGCUGCAACAUCAAGGUGGAGAAAGAUAUCUGUGAGGGGAGUGGAGCCUUCUCAGGCUCUCAGAUCUACCACAUGGUGCUUUACAUUCACACAAACCUGCAGAAGGAGGUGGAAGCCCUCAUGAAACACUACCACAUCAAAGGGGGUUUCAGUCGCUACCACAGAAAAUACAAUUUUGCAAAUCCAAGAAUCAUAGAAUUCUUUCAAGAUCAGCUGAAGAAACUGUUGGAUAAGUGGGAGACAUACAUGGAGAACUUCCGUAUGGAGAUGGAGGGCAUCUACUUCCCAGACACAGUGGAGGAGUGGAUGGAGGAGAAUGUCAACGCCAACAUGGAUCUACUGAGAGAGAAUGCCCGGGAUGCCGAGCGAAUCCUAAAACUGAACGGACAGCCAAAGUCACUGAAGACCUUAUAGGGACUUGUCUUGUACAAUCUCCAGACCUGAUGCUGUUGGGUUGGAACUUAGCACACAGUACCUGUUGCUGGUAUGUCUAAAGGAGUUUUUCCUGACCAUGUGACUUGACCAGGAAAUACUCUGGGUCAUAGUUAUACUGGUGCUAGUUGUAGCCUGUAACUAGGGUCCACAAUUUGGCUAUCUGGCUUUACAAGGCAUUAACUGUUUGAUUGCACUGAAUAGUGACGUGUCACAUGGCUCAUAUUUGCAUAGCAAAUCAUGCUCUUUGCAUAUGGUAGCAGAAUCUGCACUGAAGCUGUUUCUUUGUAUGUUUGUUUUCUUGUUUGUUUGUUUGUGGUGGGGAGCUCUGAUGAGAACAACAUUCUGUUAAAACACUGUCUGUAUAGCAUUAUCUUUACAAGUUUCCUUCAAUAUGUAUUUUUUAGCUCCUCCCUGUUGCCACAUAAUGAUGCAACUAAGGGUUUUGCCAGUAACCAUGGCAUAAUAUGUUUUAUACUGCUUGGAAUGUUAGCAUGAGUGCCUCGGAUGGUCUAUGGGUUAUGAGCAAAGAUAUGUUUAUUACAAGUGUAUGCUUGAAUAUGAACACUACAGAAAGGAACACAUCCUGUUAUGUCCAAAUUGCACUGUAAGAUUCAUGCAGUCUAUAUUAUACUGCGACGUUAACGUGCCUUUACAGUGUAGUAUCGAGUAAAUGCUGGCAAUUAUUGCUGAUAAACAAAGGAGUCCGCUCAUACUGAACCUUGAUCAUACG